AGACAUCUACUCGCCUCCUAUUGGCCGAGGCGAACCAUAACAACAAAAACAUAAGUACAUUAGAAAGACAGAGACGUGUUUGCGAAAGUUAAUUUGGGAUUUCUCGCAAUUUUUUGCUUCCCAGCCUCUUGAUUGUCUUUCAAGUUGGCACGCGAAAGGUUCGUUCCAAAAAUUCGCCUCUAAAAUGGAUGCUGACAGCGAGGACGCAGAUGAAAUUUUCCACGAUGGUGACGACUCGAGCGGUGAUGACGAUGAAUACCACAGCCCUGUUGAAAACGAGUUGGAAGAUUCUGAGGAUGCAUGGGACGUUCCUCAGGACUCGGAGGAAGCUCGCAGCUCUCCAGAAGAAGCGUCGGAAAAUGCUCAGAUGUUUGACAUAAAUCGAGCUGGCAGACAUGAGUAUUUAGGAAAAGAUUUGGAUGAAGUUUCUGGAUUCACUUUCUACGAAGAAAACUCGAUUCAGAAAAUCCCAGUCAUCGAGCAUCAGACGGUCUCAUUUCCUGGACAGAAGAUUCCCUUCAACAUUUUCCAGCAGUCGCUCAUUUCAAUGGUUUUGUCGGUCAUGGAGGGAGACAAAACUUUUGGCCUUGUCCUUAACCUCAACCGCUACAACCAGAACAUAAAAAGCUGUGUUGGGGUCACUUUCCAAAUUAUGAAUUCUUCAGCUGUCAUCGAAGGCCACUGUCAGUUGACAGGCAUGUGCAGACAAAGGUUUCGCAUCAUCGAAGCCACCAAGAAUAAUGAAUUGGUAAUGUCUGCAACUGUGAGGAUUCUCCCCGAGAAACUGAUUGUCCCGUUCUACACUUCGAUAACAUCAAACGCCAAGGACAGCAGUAGAACUGACAGGAAACGAAAGCUGAAUGCGUCUAUCAGAACCCCAUGGCCUACUUUUGUUUACGAGCAGUACAAUGAGCAAAUUUUAGUGAGCAGAAUCCACGCCCUGUUGAAGGAUUUGUGUCGAGGGCAGUUAUCCCCCACGCAGCCUCCAACUGAUCCCCUCAUGUUGUCCUACUGGGUUGCCCACAACCUGCCGCUGGUCGACCAGCAGCGAACGCUACUUUUGAAACUGGACUGCCCUACCCAAAGACUGCGAUGGGAACUACAUUUUAUGGCCAAAUGCUCUAGAAUCUGCUGCAGCACAUGUGGUCAGCAAGUUUCGAAUACCAGUUCUGUCUUCUCGAUGAGUACGGACGGACCUCAGGGCGCUUACGUCAACCCCGACGGUUUUGUCCACGACACCCUGACUGUGCGGCACGCCAAUAAUUUGGUGCCCCAAGGCACUCCUUCGGCGCGAUUCUCGUGGUUCCCUGGCUACAAGUGGGUGUGCGUUUUUUGCCACUCGUGCUACGCACACAUAGGCUGGCGCUUCGAGAGUGGUGGAAAGUUGGUGCCGGCCGCCUUCUGGGGUCUGACUCGAAAGGCUUUGGUCACCAUGCCGGAGGAGAAGAGCGACUCAGAAGCAGGUGGCUUUGAUUUGAGGCCCAUAAUUUGAGAAUUGAGGGCAUUAGUUGACUUCAAAACUUAUUUAAUUGUGUAUAAGUAAAUUUAUUGCAGUGAGACUGAAUUGGCGUACUCCCAAGAGUAUGCCAAAAAAGAAGGAAUGUGCUAUGAAAUGUAACCAUUUGAAAUAAGUCACCUGAUUGUUAGAUAGAAUUUAAACUUGAUAAAGUAACCAGCUAUGAAGCACCCAAAAUUUUUUGAACGAGUUUCCAUGUUGUUGGGUUUUUAAAGUUGAUAUAUUAUAUAAAAUGGCCAUGAUUAUGUUGUAUAUUUUUUUUAAAUUAAACAUACUUUAAUUUUUUUUGUAUAUAAUAAAAAAAUAAAAGUUUUAAUGGGAAAUUUUUAAUGGCUCUUAUAAUAAAGCCGUUAAAAAUUUACAUCUUUCAUAUUUUGUUUUGCAUUUAAAAUUUAAUUUUCAUAACCAACACUUGCAUUGAAAAGGAAAAAAUUAUGCUUAACACCCAACUUAUCAUGUCAAAAUACAAAUUUAAUGAAUUGAUAUUGACCGCAAUAGUGCCAAAUGGCUAGAAUUUGAUAAUUAUGUGACCACAGGUUUAUAUGUUCGUAUACAAUAUUUGUAAUUUAUAUCAAAUGACUAUUUGAGAUAAAAAUCUGUUUGCGCAUUACACACGUAAAAUAAAAAAAGUAAAUACAAAAAAUUUUAUUAAAAA